CUCAUUCCUGCACUUCUUUUCAUUUCUUUUAGUUAUAUCUGUUUCAUCUCAUUCAAAAUGCAGUUCUCAAAGUGGCUUCAGCUCGCACUUUUCGCGGCUUUUACCCCCCAGGCGCUGACCCAGGUCCUGGACGCCCAUAACGACAACCGCGCCCUUGAAGCUCGCGGUAUUAAAGGCCCCGGAUGCCCAAGGCCCGCCGCAUCCAAUCCUCCUCGCGGAGAUAGCGGUACUAACGACGAUGAUCCGUUACUUGGACCAGGCCCGAGGUCUGAUGAUAAACGCCAUUUGAGAGCUCGCGGCAUUAAAGGCCCCGGAUGCCCAAGGCCCGCCGCAUCCAAUCCUCCUCGCGGAGACAGCGGUACCAACGACGAUGAUCCGUUACUUGGACCAGGCCCGAGGUCUGAUGAUAAACGCCAUUUGAGAGCUCGCGGCAUUAAAGGCCCCGGAUGCCCAAGGCCCGCCGCAUCCAAUCCUCCUCGCGGAGACAGCGGUACCAACGACGAUGAUCCGUUACUUGGACCAGGCCCGAGGUCUGAUGAUAAACGCCAUUUGAGAGCUCGCGGCAUUAAAGGCCCCGGAUGCCCAAGGCCCGCCGCAUCCAAUCCUCCUCGCGGAGACAGCGGUACCAACGACGAUGAUCCGUUACUUGGACCAGGCCCGAGGUCUGAUGAUAAACGCCAUUUGAGAGCUCGCGGCAUUAAAGGCCCCGGAUGCCCAAGGCCCGCCGCAUCCAAUCCUCCUCGCGGAGACAGCGGUACCAACGACGAUGAUCCGUUACUUGGACCAGGCCCGAGGUCUGAUGAUAAACGCCAUUUGAGAGCUCGCGGCAUUAAAGGCCCCGGAUGCCCAAGGCCCGCCGCAUCCAAUCCUCCUCGCGGAGACAGCGGUACCAACGACGAUGAUCCGUUACUUGGACCAGGCCCGAGGUCUGAUGAUAAACGCAGUCACAAAGGUCGCAAUUUCGGCAAGACCAUCAAGGAAGACGCAGAGAUUUGGAGAGCUUUUAAGGAGAGGGAGCCAAGGUUGCGCAUGUAG